AUGGACCUUCCUCAAGUAUGCAUUGAAGAAAUUUUUAGAAAAUUAACGUAUGCCGAAAUAUCGCACGUGAGCGCCACGUGUAAAUUUUUCCGUGAAAUCGCCAAAACGAUAUUUCGGUUGUAUUUUAAAAAAAUCGAAAACGUUAUAGAAAUUGAAAUGGAAAAAUUAGAAAACGAAGCUUGCAAAAGUGGAAACAAUUUAACCAUCGCCGAUCAUUUACAUCUCGCACUUUUACAUUCCGUUUUAAGAAUCAUAUUGUCCGAAGCGAAAAUGUUAAACGCACACUGUUGGAGAUACAUGAAAAAUUCAAAUUACGAUUUUUGCUUUCCCGCCGGCAUAAUAUUGGACGAAUUCGAAAGGAUACUACGUAAGGUCAGAGAUAAAACAUUGAAAAAAGACAUGGAACCGGAAAUAACGACGACAUUGUUUCACUUGGGCGAAACUUUUUACGAUCAUUUCGAUUUUAAAAUCGAAAAUAAUUUUCAUCAAUCGUCCGAACUCCGUGUCAAAAUAACAUCCGAAACGAAUCGGCAAACCUUUCUACCCAACCUUUGCAAUUUCGUAUCGAACAUGACGAGAGAGAAUUUACUCAAGGAAAUACAAAAAUAUUUGAGAAAACCUCAGAGUCAAGAUGAUGGAGAUGAUGACAAUUCGUCUUGUUCGAACGAUAAAAAUUUCGAUAAAAUCAAUAAUAAUAAUAAUAAUAAUAAUAAUAAGAAAACAAUGGGGAGUGAUAAAAAUCCCACGGGAUUUUACGACGAAAACAACAACGUCAAAGUAUUAGAUAUAUUAAAUUGCUGCGCUUCGAGUAAUUUUCAAACUUUUAUUUUUCGAAAUUGUAACGCGGAAGGUUUUAAAUUAAAUACAGACUACGAAAUGAGGGAUAUAAACGUUUUGGAGGCGUUGCCAACGAAACAAUUAAGUAAAAUAUGUAGGUAUAUAAGAAAUAAUGUCAGGUGGACAAAUUUAUUUCAUCCCCUACAAGACCUUUGGAAACUAGAAGAUGCCAUAGAUAUCAAUUCAAAUAUUGAAACAGCCUCAGCAUUGCUCAGACAUUGGAAAUUUCAAAGAUCAUCUAGAUCUCACAUGGAUGAGAGUGUUAAUGAAAUUUACGAAUACAAUUAUCAAAAGAUAAUUAGUCGAUUUAAAAAUCGUUUUGGACUAUUGGUAUUGGCUUCAUUGGAAUGUCCGACUUUGUGCCACAUCCCGUUGAAAAUACAGAAAACAUUAGAAGAUGGUAAUUUUAAAAGUGAAAAAAUAAUAAAUGAAAAAAAUUUAGGAACAAAUAUACCCCUCGAAUGUUUUGAUUAUGGAAAUUCAAUACAAACAAUAAAUAUAGAAAAAUGGGAAGAAAAAAUAUCGACUUAUAAAUUUCAUUUGGAAUUAAAAAUACAAUACCCCUCUUUUUUAAGCGAAACAGUGAGAGAAGCUAUAUUAAAGGUAGAUCAAAUCGGUGAACAAACCACUUUUACAACUGAUGGAGAUGACAUGAGAAAAUCGGCAACCUAUAGGGUAGAUAAUGAAAAUUUUGAUUACGAAUUAAAUCCAUAA